AAUUGCCCUGUUCCAUGUUUAUAUUUAUUUUUUAAAGUUUAAAAAGUUGAUUGUUUAUCUUCAAUAUUUUAGUUUUGCUGAUGAUGAGUUGAGAACCCUUUAUUUGGUGUUUUAGGAAAUUAUUGAGGCUUCUCCGUUUUCAGAAUUUUACAUUAUUCCAGACUCCCAGACCAAAUUAAUCUAUAUAAAAUAUAAUGGCCUCAUCCCAAGACGCUUGGUACUUGUCCCUGCUAGGCCUGGCAGAAUAUUUCCGAGCCUCGAAUCCUCCAAUGAUAAAACACUGUAUUCAAUGCCUACAAGCAGUAUUCAACUUUAAACCUCCUCAAAGAGUGGAAGCCCGGACGCAUUUACAGUUGGGAAACAUUCUGUGGAACCACACAAAGAAUGUCGAUUUGGCCAGGCUUCAUUUAGAGAAAGCGUGGAUGCUAUCUCAAACAAUAUCCUCAUUUGACGACGUCAAAUUUGAAACGGCCAGCUUGUUGGCGGAAAUAUUAGAGCAACAAUAUCAAAUUCUUCUAGCAAAACCUGUCUUGAGGAAGGCCAUAGAGCUGUCCCAGCAUAACGUUUACUGGCAUUGCAGAUUGAUUUUUCAGUUGGCCCAAAUUCAUGCUAUCGAAAAAGAUUAUGCUUUGGCUAGCAGCUUAUUGGGCGUCGGUGUGGACUAUGCCCAUAUUUCCAAUGCCUAUUACACUAGGAUUUUGUUUUUAUUGAGCAAAGGAAUGUUGUUACUAAUUGAUAAAAAACACCAAGACGUACAGCCAGUAUUAAAUCAAGCCGGGCACUUGAUAGAAGCCUGGACAGGAACAGCAUAUCAAAGGGAAUAUUUGAAAGUUUACUUUUUGGUAUUGCAAGUGUGCCAUUAUCUGAUGGGAGGCCAAGUCAAGGGCGUGAAGCCUUGUUUGAAGCAAUUGCAGCAGAGUAUACAGGCUAUUAUGCAGGCAGAUGAUGUAUUUACCGGUCCAAGCCAAGGAGACAUGUUUCUAUGGAUGCCUAAAGAACAUCUCUACGUUCUAGUUUAUCUAUUAACGGUUAUGCAUAGUAUGCAAGCCGGGUACAUGGAAAAAGCUCAAAAAUACACUGACAAAGCCCUGUUACACAUAGAAAAAUUAAAAAUUUUAGACAAUAAACCAAUCCUAUCAGUAUUCCAAUUGAUGCUCUUGGAGCAUAUCAUAAUGUGCCGUUUGGUGAUGGGCAAUAAAACCCAAGCCUUGCAAGAAAUCGCGUCGGCUUCAAGUUUAUGCAAGAAAAAUCCACAUUUACUGGAAAAUCACGGACCUCAGCUCCACACUCUGUUAGGCUUAUAUUCAAUGAGCAUGGACUGUAUGCCGGCAGCCGAAGCUCAAUUUUUAGCUGCUUUGAACACGUCGCAAGACUCACAGGAGAGAGAACUAUGGACUUUUGCCAAUUUGAAUUUGGCCAUUGUUUAUUUGAGAGGUAAGCGGGAGAGCGAUUUCAAUGCCCUCUUUGAUAGAAUCAAUCCCGAAAGUUUACCGUCGCAGAGUCACAGUCUGAAAGCUGCAGCGUAUUAUGUCCAAGGUCUUCAAGCAUUUUUUCAAGGACGAUAUAAUGAAGCCAAACGAUUUUUACGAGAAACACUUAAAAUGGCCAAUGCAGAGGAUUUGAAUAGGCUUACAUCUGGGUCUCUGGUGCUUUUGGGUCACAUUUUUUUAUCGUUGGGAAACAGCAGGGAAAGUAUGAACAUGGUAACGCCUGCAAUGCAAUUGGCCAGCAAAAUACCUGACGUGCACGUACAACUGUGGGCUUCUGCGAUUUUAAAGGAUCUUCACAGAAUCUGUGGCGAUACUGCAAGAGAAAACGAAGCUUAUCAACGCCACGUGAAUUUUUCUCAAAUGCUUCGCAAUGACCAUUACAAUGCGUCCAAAUUGCCACAGCAUUGUCUCAUAUUCUGGACAAAAGGGGAGUUUCCUUAUUAACACCGGCACUGUAAACUUUCUUGUUUUUAGGGUACCGAAUCGACUUUUCAAAUUGGCUGCUAUUUUUGUUUUGUUCGCUUUAAAUUAUAUUAAAUUUAAUGCUUAAUGUAAUAAACAGUGCUGUAUAUGAAGUUGAA